CACGGACACGGACACGGACACGCGCGCGGCCGCGCGCACCCCUGCGUGCCACGGAUCACUGGACGGGACCAUGGCGGCACCGGGGAGCGCGGAGGAGGCCGGAGUGCAGCAGGACAGAGUGGUGCCCGCUGAGGAGUGGCUGCAGAAAUGGGCAGCGGGAAAAACGGGAUUCCAUAAGGAGCGAGGGCACCCGCUCCUACAGAAGUAUCUGGAUGUCCUCGUGAACGGCCGCAGCGGACUCAGGAUAUUUUUCCCACUUUGUGGUAAAGCAGUAGAAAUGAAAUGGCUGGCGGACCUGGGGCACCGCGUGGUCGGUGCGGAGAUCAGCGAGCGGGCGCUGCGGGAGUUCUUCAGCAAGCAGGGGCUGCCCUACCGCGAGGAGGCCGUGCCGGGGGUCCCGGGCGCCCGGCUGCUGCAGAGCACGUGUGGGAACAUUUCUCUGUACUGCUGCAGUAUUUAUGACUUGUCCAGUGCAAUUAUUGGCAAGUUUGAUGGGGUCUGGGACAGAGGAGCUCUCGUGGCUGUCAAUCCAUGCGACAGACAGCGCUACGCCAGUUUGAUGAUCUCCCUAAUGGAGAAAAAUUCUUCUUACCUCCUCGUUACCGUUCUGUAUGAUCCAAACAAACACAAAGGCCCACCGUUCUACGUUCCCGAGGGCGAGAUGAGAAGCCUGUUUGGAAACCAGUGUGAAAUUAAGUGUCUUCAAACAGUCGAUGACUUUUCAGACAGACACAGGGACUGGGGACUAGAUUAUUUUCUGGAGGUGCUGUAUAUACUAAAGUUUAAUUAAAAAAAAAAGAUAAAAUUAAUUAAAAUAAUUUCCACCCUUUUUUAAUCUUUAAAACUGGACACAUUUCAGAGCACUCUUAAAGCAGGCUUGGGCAUAUGGAAAAAUGUCCAUGCAGCACUGAUCUUCUGGUGAUUUUGCUUUCAAAAUUAAUGUCUCUUAUGUAACCGCCUCGACUGUUUUGCUUUUUGUAAUCUCCAUGCAUAAACA